AUGAGUCGCCGUCGAAAGUGUGCUCCUCCCAUGAGGAUGAAUGAAGAAAAAAAGAAGCAACUCUGCUGGAAUAUGCAUGAUGACCAAAAAAAUGACAUGAUAGAUGUAGAUGUCAUGGAUGAAGACCAUCCUGUUGCUGGUACAAGUUCAACUUCUGCUGUACAUAUUGUGAUAAAUGAUGAUAGUGCGGAUGAAGACUUGACUCACAGAGAAAAGAACACCAAAUCCCCAAAUUUCUCAACAGUCUUAGAUGAAGUAGAAGAUUCUUGUCAUCCAUUGCUAUCUAUAGCAAUACAGCUAAAUAUCUUGAUACUUCCUUAUCAGCCUGAUUCUCCCUGGAAAACUUUGCUUGGAGAAUUUACACUCCAGCUUCUUCCUGAACAACAUUUAAAUGGCAAUAUCCAGAAAAAAGGGCUGACCUUGAUGACAGCAGAAUUUAGUGAUCAUCUGCAUCUUCUUGUCCAUGAAAAUGAUAUUAUAAAAGUGGACAAAGGGGAAGAAUCAUUACCGAGUAUUUACGAACUAGAUGUUUUAGUUGAAUCAUCUUUAAAUAAUGAAAUUAUGGAAAAUUUAAUGUGGCUGCAGAAGAAAAAAAUAAUUGUACUGUAUCAAAGUUCUGGAGAUACUCGUUCUGUAAAGGUUGGAAUAUAUCUUCUUGAACUUGGCAUAAGUAAGUUAGAAUUCCUUAGCGAUGGUGGGGGAAGAAUAAGGAAGGCCAAUCAACUCCUUCAGAAACUGAUGGAAAUAUUUUAUCACUUUGCAAUUCCAGACAUUCUGGAAGAAGAUGAGGAAUCUGAUAGAGAUAUAGAACGGCAAAAUAUUGAAGAGCUGUAUGAUUAUGUGAGGCAUGUACACCAAAAAGAGUUACAUUUUUUAAAGGAAAAUGUACAACAUUCUGCAUUGAUUCCUGUUCUCAGGCCAUAUCAAAGUGAGGCUGUAAAUUGGAUGCUGCAACGUGAGAACUUUAGAAAUAUACCUACCAAUGAUAAUGCCCUCCACUACUUAUGGAGAGAAUGUAUUACUCUAGAUGGGCUGAAGCUCUAUUAUAAUCCUUUUACUGGCUGUGUAAUCCGUGAUCGACCUGUUGCUGGGCCUUGUUGGCCUGGAGGAAUAUUAGCAGAUGAGAUGGGCCUUGGAAAAACAGUAGAAGUCUUGGCUCUUAUUUUGUCACACACUCGUAAGGAUCUCAGACAAGAUGCUCUGAUGUUACCAGAGGGUUUUUUAGUAAAUUUCUUUGUUCCACCACAACCUUCUGAAGGAAGUAAAAAGAAAAAUAUAAUGAAAAUGGAAUUUACACUGAAGGAAAAAGUCCAAUAUCCAAGUUUGCGAGUAAUGCUUUUAACAGCUAUAAAAGAAAUGAAAGUGAAAAAGGGAGCAUCCAUUGUUGCAAUUUUUAAGUAUGUCCAGUCCAUAUAUAAAUACGAUGUUCAGAGGAACCGUCGGAUUCUUAAAAGAACUCUGGAAAAAUUAAUUGCAGAGAAGGUAGUGGAGCAAGUCAAAGGCCAUGGUCUUGCUGGGUCUUUCAAGUUGGGCAGAAACUACAAGGAACAGUUGUUUUGUAACAGAUCCAAAAAACAGAAAAAGCAAACUUCAAAUAGAUCUCAGAAGAAAAAAUUGCCAAGCCGUAACACUGAAAUCAUAGAAUUGAAUGAUAAGGAUGCAUGUUCUACAAAUGAUUUAAAGUUACCUCAGGUGAUAGACAUUACAGCAGAAGAUCAUGAUUACUGUGCAACAAACAAAGAUACUAGUGAAUCAAACCUAGAUUCUAAGCGUUGCAAAACUAAACAUUCCCAGUGUAGAUCAACUGACAAUAUGCUUAGAUCCAAAGAUGAGAUAUGCUGUAGUGUUGCUGAUCCUAAAAAUAUGGAUGAAACUGAAGAGAUGCAGGAUGCCUUAGAAGAACAGUGUUCAGUCUCUCAAGAACACACUAGCAUUUUUAAACAACACCCUGGUUCUGUGUUUCCAUUCAACACCUCUGAUUAUCGCUUUGAAUGCAUCUGCGGUGAGCUUGGCUUGAUUGAUUGUAAAGCUCGGGUACAGUGCCUGAACUGUCACCUGUGGCAACAUGCUGAAUGUGUGAAUUAUAAAGAAGAAAAUCUUAAGAUCAAGCCCUUUUACUGCCCCCACUGCCUUGUAGCAAUGAAACCAGUUCCGACAGGAGCAACUCUCAUAAUUUCUCCAAGUUCAAUCUGCCACCAGUGGGUUGAUGAAAUUAAUAGGCAUGUGAGAUCAUCAUCCCUUCGUGUGCUGGUUUAUCAAGGAGUGAAGAAACAUGGCUUCUUGCAACCUCACAUCUUAGCAGAGCAGGAUGUAGUGAUCACUACAUAUGAUGUCCUCCGGUGUGAGCUGAAUUAUGUUGACAUUCCACAUAGCAAUAGUGAAGAUGGGCGCCGUUUCAGAAACCAGAAACGUUAUAUGGCCAUUCCUAGUCCCUUGGUAGCUGUGGAGUGGUGGAGAAUUUGCCUAGAUGAGGCACAGAUGGUAGAAUGCACUACUGCAAAGGCUGCAGAAAUGGCACUCCGUUUGAGUGGAAUCAAUCGCUGGUGUGUCAGUGGUACACCGGUACAGCGAGGACUUGAAGAUUUGUAUGGAUUAGUACUUUUCCUUGGUGCUGAUCCUUACUGGGUCAAAUAUUGGUGGGAUCAGCUUCUAUAUCGACCAUACUGCAGGAAAAAUACACAGCCUCUGUACAAUUUCAUAGCCAAGAUAAUGUGGAGGUCAGCAAAGAAGGACGUGAUUGAUCAAAUUCAGAUCCCUCCUCAGACAGAAGAUAUACAUUGGCUUCAUUUUUCUCCUGUGGAGAGGCAUUUUUAUCAUCGCCAACAUGAGGUGUGCUGCCAGGAUGCGUUGGUAAAACUCAGGAAGAUUUUGGAUUGGUCUCUCAAACUUAGUAGCUUGGAUAGGAGGACAGUGACUUCCAUUUUGUACCCUUUGCUACGUUUGAGACAGGCCUGUUGUCACCCACAAGCUGUUCGUGGAGAAUUCUUGCCUCUACAGAAAAGCACAAUGACAAUGGAAGAGCUUUUAACCUCUCUGCAGAAAAAAUGUCGGAUAGAAUGUGAAGAAGCUCAUCGCCAAUUGGUGUGUGCUCUUAACGGCUUAGCUGGUAUUCAUAUUAUUAAAGGAGAAUAUGCUUUGGCAGCAGACCUGUACAGAGAGGUUCUACGUUCCUCUGAAGAACAUAAAGAAAAACUCAAAACAGAUUCAUUGCAAAGACUUCAUUCUACACACAAUCUGAUGGAACUUCUGACAGCAAAUCAUCCUGGGAUACCACCCACUUUAAGAGAUGGCAGACUUAAGGAAGAGUGUGAACAACUCCGCCAGCAUUAUAUGAGUAAAUCAAAUGCAGAAGUUGCUGAAGCUCAUCAGGCUUUGCAGCCAGUUUUACAGACAAUUCAUGAACUCCAAAGGAAAAUACGCUCCAGUUCACCUUGGUGGUUGGAUGUGAUUCAGUCAGCAAUACAGUAUGCAAUAGAUGAGGAGCUUGUACAGCGAGUACAAAAUGAUCUGACCAGUAAUUACAAACAGCAAAUGAAUAAGCUCUCUAUGGCAGAUAAAUUUCGUGACUGCAGAGGACUGCAGUAUCUUCUGACAACUCAAAUGGAAGAAGUGAAGAAACUGCAGAAACAAGUGAGAGAAGCUGUGAAAAAUCUGGAAGGACCUCCUUCCAAAGCAGUUAUUGAGGCUGCCACGAUCUGCCAUCUGCGGCCAGUAAGAUUGCCACUAAACAAUUGCGUCUUUUGUAAAGCUGAUGAAUUGUUCACAGAAUAUGAAUCAAAACUCUUUUCGCACACUGUAAAAGGCCAGAUGGCGAUCUUUGAAGAAAUGAUAGAAGAUGAAGAAGGCCUAGUUGAUGAUCGUUUGCCUACCACCAGUAGAGGUCUCUGGGCAACAAGUGAAACUGAGCGCUCCUUGAAAGCGAUAUUGUCUUUUGCCAAAGCUCAUAGGCUAGAUUCCAAGGCAAUUGAAGAAGGCAACAUCUUCUUGGAACUUUUUGAAGCAUGGAAAAAGGAAUAUAAGUUGCUUCAUGAAUACUGGAUGGUCUUAAGAGACCAUGUCUCUGCCAUUGAUGAACUUGCUAUGGCCACCGAACGCCUCAGAAUGCGUCAUCCAGAAGAGCCGAAACCCAAUCACCCUGUUCUUCACAUAAUUGAGCCACAUGAGGUGGAACAAAAUAGAGUGAAACUUUUGAAUGACAAAGCAGUUGCCAAAUCACAGCUCCAGAAGAAACUAGGCCAGCUACUCUACCUCAAUAAUUUGGAAAAGUCUCAAGAUAAAACAACUGGAGGAGUUAAUCCAGAGCCCUGCCCAAUUUGUGCACGCCAGUUGGGAAAACAGUGGGCAGUGUUGACAUGUGGACAUUGUUUCUGCAAUGAAUGCAUAGCUAUUAUUAUAGAACAAUACAGUGUUGGCACCCGCAGAAGUUCAAUCAAGUGUGCCAUCUGCAGGCAAACAACUUCACAUAAAGAAAUCUCCUAUGUCUUCACAGCAGAGACCUCAAACCAGGACGAUGAUAUACCUGUGAAGGGAAGCCACUCAACUAAAGUGGAAGCUGUGGUCCGAACUCUAAAGAAAAUUCAAUUCAAAGAUCCAGGGGCAAAAGCUCUAGUUUUCUCAACGUGGCAAGAUGUGCUUGAUAUUAUUGCAAAAGCUUUGCAUGAUAAUAAUAUGGACUUUGCUCAAAUCAAUGGAAUUCACAAAUUUCAGGAAAACCUCUCUGCAUUUAAAUAUGAUCCCAAGAUCAACAUACUGCUUUUGCCUCUCCAUACUGGUUCUAAUGGUCUAAACAUAAUUGAAGCAACCCAGGUACUGCUGGUUGAGCCCAUAUUGAAUCCAGCACAUGAAUUACAGGCCAUUGGCAGAGUGCAUCGUAUUGGGCAAACAAAACCUACCAUUGUUCAUAGAUUCUUGAUUAAAGCAACAAUAGAAGAACGUAUGCAGACAAUGAUGAAAACUGUAGAAAGGAGUCAUUCCAAUUCUUCUCUGAAACAGUCGGAGGCCUCUGUGUUAACUGUAGCUGAUUUGGCAGAUCUUUUCUCAGAAGAAACUGAAGAACUCGAAUGAAAUAAUCUAUUUCAAACUUACCGAGGUUGGAAGGGGUCCAUGACUUAUCUAAGAGACAAGAUAAUAUGAGCUAACUGUCAGAAAUUCCGGUAGCUGUCACAAACUACUCAUUCAUUUUAGGAUGAAAAUACGAGUAAACAAUUUAAGUUCUGUGAUCGUGAAUUUCUUCAACAUAUUAUUUUGGUGAAUCAGAAUGCACUUUAUUUAGAAAUUAAUAAACUAUGACUUUGUACUUCCAAGGAACCUAAGAACCGUAAUCCAUCUUGAUUUGUGGAAAAAAAAGUUAAUUCCAUGUAGUUUGUUACAUCAGAAAAUAUAUUUCAAAGCAGUGGGAGCAAAUAAAUGGCAUCAUUGCUUAGAUGCUUAUGAGUUUUACUUAGAAUUUCUGAUCUAAGAGAGUUAAAUAAGAUGCAUGUAUUGUUUGUUUCAUCAACAUGUUUGAUUAAACAUUGAAGAAAUAAUUCUUAUGGUAAGGAUAUUGUCUUCAUUUUAUUUUUUACAGUUAAUUAUUAAAAUAAGUUUCAAAAUAAGCUGUUACCUUUUUGAAGGAACUUCUAGUGGUGCUCCCAUGAUAUCAUGCAAGUAACAGAGUAUCAUGCAAGUAACAGUAUCAUUUAUCCUUAAUCUGCUAAUCUUUAGAUACCAUUUUAAUUUUUAUAAUACAAUAAUAUUUAUGCUAUGAUAUUCCAAUUUAGUUUUUUCUUGUUCAUAAGCUUGCUGUUAAUGUGCUCUUUGUAAAUUAAUGUCUUUUGUAUGAGCUUUGUCUUAAAAUGAUAGCUAUACAUAUCUGUUUAGAUAUGUUCACAUUUUUAAAGAUUCUUACAUUUGUAUUGUUUUGUUUAAAAUUUGAGAAUAUGUAUUCUGUUAAAAAUGACAAUGCUUCCUCUUGCAUUCACUUUAAUACGAUUGUAAGCAAAGAAUGACAAACUUGCAAAUUACUAGUUUUAUUGUGUUGCUCAUUCAGUUUUACUAGCAAAUUUUACUAUUAGCCAUUAUUAGUAGACAUAAAAAGAUAAAUGUAUCCAAACAGUGAAGAAUUUAAUGAUAAUAAAACUAAACUCAUUGAAAUUUCAUAUGAAUGUUUUAGAAAGUAUCUGUGUAGAAUACUCUUACAAAAUUGACAAUUAUGGAUAAAGACAAGGAUGCAGAUUGAAAGUAAAAUUUGAAAGCUGAAAGUUUCA